AGGCAGUACUUCCGGGAGCCCCGGGCCGAAUACUGCAGGCGCUUCGGGCGGUGGGCUCUGCCGCCAGGACCAUGCUGCUGCGAGCCGCUUGGAGGCGGGCGGCCUUGGCUGUGACUGCUGCUUCGGGGCCGAGGCCUGCUGCACCUACUCGGGGGCUGCGCCUGCGCGUUGCAGACCAUGCUCCCCAGUCGGCUGUUCCCUCAGAUACAGCCACUGCUCCGGAGUCAGUGCUGCGACCUCUUUAUAUGGAUGUGCAAGCCACAACUCCUCUGGACCCUCGGGUACUUGAUGCCAUGCUCCCUUACCUAGUCAACUAUUAUGGGAACCCACACUCCCGGACACAUGCUUAUGGAUGGGAGAGUGAGGCAGCCAUGGAACAUGCUCGUCAGCAAGUAGCAUCUCUGAUUGGGGCUGAUCCUCGUGAGAUCAUUUUCACUAGCGGUGCUACUGAAUCCAACAACAUAGCAAUUAAGGGGGUGGCCAGGUUCUAUAGGUCACGGAAAAAACAUGUGAUCACUACCCAGACUGAACACAAAUGUGUCUUGGACUCCUGCCGUUCACUAGAAGCUGAGGGCUUUCGGGUCACCUACCUCCCAGUGCAGAAGAGUGGGAUAAUCGACCUCAAGAAACUGGAGGCUGCUAUCCAGCCAGACACUGGCCUGGUUUCAAUCAUGACUGUGAACAAUGAGAUUGGAGUGAAGCAACCUAUUGCAGAAAUAGGGCAGAUUUGCAGUUCCAGAAAGGUUUAUUUCCAUACUGAUGCUGCUCAGGCGGUUGGAAAAAUUCCACUUGAUGUCAAUGACAUGAAAAUUGAUCUCAUGAGCAUCAGUAGUCACAAAAUCUAUGGUCCCAAAGCAAGACCUUUGACAAAUGUUCCUCAGAGUCACUUGGGACUACUCUUUGUCUUAGAAGAUUAUGACCACAGGCGCAUCUCAAAGUUAUCAGAACGGCUGAUACAGAAGAUAAUGAAGAGCCUUCCAGAUGUGGUGAUGAAUGGGGACCCUGAACAGCAUUACCCUGGCUGUAUCAACCUCUCCUUUGCAUAUGUGGAAGGAGAGAGUCUGCUGAUGGCACUGAAGGAUGUAGCCUUAUCCUCAGGAAGUGCCUGCACUUCUGCAUCGCUGGAACCUUCUUACGUGCUGAGAGCAAUUGGCACUGAUGAGGAUUUAGCACAUUCUUCUAUCAGGUCAGGCGGAGAAUCCCUUACUCAUCCACAAUCUCUUCUGUUUGGCAGCCCUCUCUGGGAGAUGGUUCAAGAUGGCAUUGACCUCAAGAGCAUCAAGUGGACCCAACACUAGAGGAGCGCUCGAGCCCCUGACUUUCUGCUAGAUCUGGUCCUUCCUGCCUUACCAACCCAUACACAGACAGCUACCUUGUUAUGCCCAGUGGAUGAUCCGGAUUGGCAUAGCCCAAUUUACUUCAGUCUCAGCUUGCCUGUAUGCCAGAAACACAAGGAAACCGUCUUUCCCCAGAUUCAGCUACUUUGGUGGGGGAAUAUACCCCAUUUCUCUCCAGGAGUUCUCUAUCAGUAUAAUAUUUGGAUAUUUUCAUCAUAAAGCAGUAGAGACAUUUACUGUGACAUUGCUGCAUCCUUGGUGGAAAGAGCAAGAGGAACUAGAAGAAGGGACUCUUUGUUCAGAGACCUCAACCUUCUGUAUGGAUAUUUAAGUCAUUGCUUUCUGCUGCUCAGCUGGACUGGCUUCUUCAGCAAUGAGCAUAAUCAACUUCAAGUUAAUUUUUUUUGUGUGUGGCUUCAAAGAAUAUCUUUUCAUAUUGACUGUAGAACAAAUAGCGAGUUUCGCAGAUGGCUUGUCUCCUUUCUGUUCUCAUGCUCCUUCCUUUCUUCUUUUGAUCUAAGGGGGCUAGAAAUCAUCCAUAUGACUCCACCCGUUAUUCUAAUAAUUUGUUUCUUUCCUUAAAAUUUGUUAAUUUAAAGAUUGGAGAAAUAAACUCACUUUCUAUUUAC